AUGUUAGAUUUUCAUCUUCAUCUAUUCUUUCUUCACUUUCCCAAAAUCAACACACCAAAUCACCACCCAAACACAUCUCCACUCUUAAGCACCAUUCUCAACUUUAUAAUUUCCUUCGUGUAAACUGCAGGUCAGGUCAAAUUGAUGAUGCUAGAAGGCUAUUUGAUUCCAUGGCAAGUGUGGGGUGUAAGCCUAAUGUUUUUAGCUACAAUAUUUUGAUGGAGGGUUUAUGCUUGACAAAUAAAAUUGAUGAUGCCAAGGAACUUUUAGCCUCAAUGUUGAGUAUGGGACGCACACCUGAUGUAGUUAGCUACAAUACUCUGAUCAAUUGGUAUUGCAAGAAUCGAAAAAUUGACGAAGCCUUGAAUCUUUAUGAGGAAAUGACUUCCGAGGGAGUUAGGCCAAAUGUUUUUGCUUAUAAUACCUUGCUAUCUGGGCUUUUUAGGAACGGUAAUGUCAGACAUGCAAAAAUGCUAUUUGAAUAAUGAGACUUUAAAAGUGGUGAAACUUUUUCACAAAAUGAAAGAGAGAAAUGUGAAACCAGAUGCAUCCAUAGGUUCAAUAAUAUUAGAUUUACUGGGAAAGCAUGAAGAUUAUCGUGAAGUCCUGAAUUUGCUACCAUCCUUUUCAACCCAAGAACCAACAGGAUGUUAAUUGUUGAGUAAGUGCAUUUUCCAGGGAAGUAUAGCUUAUCAAGAGAGCCCUGGCAAAUGUUAAAGUUUCCAUGUAAAGGUGUGUGCCAACAUUGUAGUGGUGAUUGUAUUUAUGUGAAUCCAUUAAUGAAGAAGUCAUAUAAUUGAAGUUAUAGAUUUUGUCUUCA